CAUUUUUUUCUCUUUUCUCUCUUCCGACCGUUGCUCUCACUUUUUUCUUUUUUCCUCUUCGGCCUUCCAUCUCUGAAUUGCAAGCUUCUCUUUUUUUUACUCAUUUCUUUUCAUUCUGUCAUUACAAUCUCUUACAUCAUGGAGCAACCACCCAAAAAACUUACUGUGACGAUUGUAGGAGGAGGUAUCGGAGGCCUUUCAUUGGCCAACAUGUUUGAACAAGCAGGGAUUGAAUAUAUUAUCUUGGAAAAAGCCAAGACCAUUCGAGCAUUGGGUUCUUCUCUUGGAUUGGAUGCUUCGACUCUACGAGUGAUUGAGCAAUUGGGCCUCUUGGAUGAGUUCAUGAAGGUUUCCAAACCGGUUCGACAGUUUAAUUUCUAUAAUGAGUCGAUCCAACCCAUUGGUAUCGUCGAUUUCUCCUGCAUGACUGAGAUUGGUGGAUAUCCAGCUAUUAUCCUCGAUCGUCCAGCGUUCUACAACUGUUUACUUAAGAAGCUACCCAAGGAAAAAAUCCUUUAUGGCAAGAAGGUUGAGGACAUCGAACAAGACGACAACAGUGCAACAGUGCGAUGCGCUGAUGGCAGCUCCUAUACAAGUGAUAUCGUUAUUGGUGCAGAUGGAGCUUAUUCCGCUGUUCGACGCAACAUUUACAGUACCCUUAAUACGAAAGGUUUGCUUCCUCUUAGCGAUGCUCAACCGUUGAGCUUUGACCAACAUUGUCUCGUGGGAGUUAGUGCGCCGAUAGAUCCCAAGGAUGAUGAGAUGCUUCGAAGAGAGACCUGCGAUUUUGAGAUUGUCAUUCCAAAGACCGAUCCUUUCUAUGCUAUCUAUAUGCCUCUUCCUGGUAACCGUCUCUCAUGGGCGGUUAUUCAUAAUGUUCCUCGAGCAGAGGCUCUGGAAGGAGAGGCGAGGUUAUCAGAGUGGGGUCCCGAGGCGUCCUCCGAGAUGAUUGAGUUUGUACGACACCAGCGUAGCCCUCUCAAGGGAAAGACAUUGGGCGAUAUCAUUGAUAUGACAGACAAGAGCCUCAUCUCUAAGAUUGCGCUUGAAGAAAAGUACUUUCAAACAUGGUAUCAUGGACGUGUUGUCCUUUUAGGCGAUGCCUGUCACAAGGUUGUGCCUAGCGCUGGAUUGGGAGCCAAUUUGGCUAUCUUGGAUGGAGUGCAUCUGUGCAAUCUUCUUGUGGAUAUGCCUUCACCUACACGCGAGAAUAUCUCCUUGAUCUUUGAAAACUAUUUUGAAAAGAGAUCCAAGAUCGCACAGGAUGCAUUGAAUAACGCUCGUCAAUUUGGCAAGAUCAUGUCGAACAAGGGUAUUAUGGCGGAUGUUGUUCGUAAGGUCUUCUUGAAUUAUAUUCCCGACUGGAUGACACGUUGGUCUAACGCACAGCGCCUGCAGUACCGUCCGCAGCUGCACUUUUUGCCCGAAGUGCCAGACCGUGGAUCAAGCAAGCCUCAGCCUCCAGAGCCACGAAUGUUUGUUUCAGUCCAAGCAGCAUCCUAAUUAUGUAAUAAUAAUCUUUAUUUCUACAUAAACAACUACUAUAUUUAUAUCAUCUAUACCCCCUCCUCUCAUCUGUCGAAUAAAAAAG